ACUAUAUAACAAAUAAUUUGAGGAGAGUAGUGUCAAUGUCAGGAAGUGGUAGAGUUUCUGUUUCUGUCCCUGAGGGUUAUGUUCUCACUAAAAAGACUGAUUUACAAAGCCUUCAAAAUUUAGUGAAAACUAUAUCAAGUUUCAACAAUAACCGAGAUCGGGAGAAUGCAAUCAAUGAUAUCAUCAGCAGCAGUUCACGGGGUUACGCUAUAAGAGAAAAAGAAGAUCUGAUUGCUAAAUUUGACAGUGCUUGUAAAAAUUCCCGUUUAAAAUCGAAAAUAGAGGAUGUCAAGAGCGACUGUACUAAGACGUUAAAGAAAAAUAUGAAAGAUAUACAGAAGAGACAGAAUGAUUCAAAGAAAGCUCUAAAGAAGAAUUUUGAGGCGGGUGCGUCUGUGUUGAAAGAGUGUUACGAGAGUGAACUUCUGAAAAGUUUCCAGAACAAGACAUCUCUGAACAAUUCCCUGCCGGUGGAGCAGUACGCGUGUGAAGAGCUAGUAAAGACUUACAGAGAGUGUCUCAAGAGACAGCUCCUCCCGGAAAUGGAGAAGAUGUACAAAACACACUGUCACAAAAUGGAGGGUGCUAUGAAAGAGUGGGUCAGUCAGUACAACACAGGGGCGCUAAAAGACACACACAAGGUGUCCCCCGCAAUAAGUGAGAGAAUGAACAAUAUUCAGCGAAGAUUGGAUCAGCUGACACAGAACGCUCAGAACGGUUCUACAGUGGAAAGAAAGAUUGAUCAAACUCUCCAGAGGAUAACGCAGGAUAUAGGACAACUGACAGUGGAAGUUAGAGAAGUGGCUCCUUCACACGAACAGAUAGUCGCGGAAUGUCUGGGCAGACAAGACUUUCAACAAGCCCUCAACAAUGCGUUAGUAGCGAUGGAUCUGGAGUUGUUAAUGUCUACCUGUAAUAAGAUGUCUGUAGACGAUGUGUUCGGUGAUGUACUCCCAGAACAACCCAUCUUACUAGCAUUACUUAACCAGCUCCCCUACAACUUACAACAAGACCUGGAGAUUAAGAGUAGUUAUCUGGUGGAGACUGUCCUGGCGCUGGACCUGGCUGACCAAGUUAUUGCGAGUAACAGUGAGACAGUGUUCAGAGAACUUACCAAACUUAUAGAACACAUAGAUUCAACUAGAAGUCAGAUUACACCGCGUCAGUACAACCAGCACCUCAAACAACUCCGCUGGUCCACAGAGCAAAUCAUCAGACAACUAGACCAGUACUGAGAACUGGACCAAUACUGAGAACUGGACCAAUACUGGACCAGUACUGAGAACUGGACCAAUACUGGACCAACACUGGACUAAUACUGAGAACUGGAACAAGCAAUUUGUAAUACUCACUCAUUUUGUGGACAUUGCCGUAUAUUAAUCGGUUGAAAAUAUGUUUAAUUUGAUAAGCAAGAAGAGAAUGCUGAGUUUUAUACAUUAUUAAUCAAGUUAUUUGUUAAAAUAAAUGUAUAAUUCUUAUCAUAAUUUUUAUUAUUUUUACCCUAUCAAUUGAUAGUGUAUUUUAAAAUGAAAUCAUUAAAAUAUGUUUUCUAUGUAAUAACAUAUAUAAUUAACCUUCUUAUUUGUUUCAUUC